AUGAGCCCCGGGGGCACGGGCUGCUUCUCCGGGCUGCUGCUGACCGUCGGCUGGCUGCUCCUGGCGGGCCUCCGGUCCGCGUGCGGGGCAAACGUCACCGCCGUCCAGGAUAGCGGCCUGGCCCACGAGGGCGAGGGCGAGAGCGAGGGCGAGAACGACGAGGAGGCCGAAAACGACGGCGAGGCGGAGAACGACAGCCGGGCAGAGGUCGAGGAGGACGUUUCAAAUAGGACAGUAGUCAAAGAAGUAGAAUUCGGGAUGUGCACUGUUACGUGUGGUGUUGGUAUGAGAGAAGUUAUAUUAACAAAUGGAUGCCCUGGAGGUGAAACCAAGUGUAUUGUGCGGGUAGAAGAAUGCCGUGGACCAGUAGACUGCGGCUGGGGUAAACCAAUUUCAGAAAGUCUUGGAAGUGUUAGACUGGCAUGUAUUCAUAUAUCUCCUGUAAAUCGUUUCAAAUAUAUGUGGAAACUUCUAAGGCCAGACCAGCAAGCCAUUAUCCUUGCAAAUGAUUCAGCAAUCCUAGAAGUACAAAGGGAAGCUCAUCCCUUGGCUUUCGAGUGUGACACCUUGGAUAAUAAUGAACUAGUAGCAACUGUAAAAUUCACAGUCUAUACGAUAAAUGAAUUGCAGGUAAGAAGAUCAAGCCGACCAGACACUGAUCCAGUACUAGUUUUUGUGCUGACCAUAGGAGUCGUUACCUGUGUAUUUGUGAUCUUUGUAUUGAUCUUCAUAAUUGUAAAUUGGGCAGCGGUCAAGGCUUUCUGGGGGGCGAGAGCCUCCACAACUGAGAUACAAUCUGAGCUGAGUUCUGUGAGAUAUAAAGAUUCAACUUCUCUUGACCAAACACCAACAGGAAUACCUGUAAAUGAAGACGAGGAUGCUUUAAGUGAAUGGAAUGAAUGA